UGCAGUCAUUCACCACAGAGACAUCUGUGCUUAUCCACCCACAAACUCUCAUUGGUGCUCCCAGCCCCUCAAGACCAAGUACUUGCCACUUCAGUCCGUCACUCUGACCUCCGCACUGGAAAGAAACACAGGAGACUUUCAAGCUCCUGCCCUGCCGAGUGCCAUGAUGCAGUUCUCUGUUGUUCUGCUACUGUUUUUGGGCAUCCAUGUUAUAGGUGCUGCUGAUAAACAGUUCCAGGAGCGGAGCAAAAGACAGACGAGUCCUUUAAAAGUCACAACCAUAAAGGAAGAUCCAUACACCAUGAGCCAUGGCAGUGAGUUUGAAGGGUUCUGCAUGGACAUACUCAAGUAUCUGUCCAACAAAUUGGGAUUCGAAUACAGUGUCCAGCUGGUCAAGGACAAUGCCUACGGCAGGCAGGAUGUCAAAGGAAAUUGGAAUGGAAUGAUCGGAGAGGUUGUUAGGAAUGAAGCUGAUUUGGCAGUGGCUCCUUUAACCAUCACGGCGGCAAGAGAGAAGUCCAUUGAGCUAAGCAAACCUUUUAUGCAGACGGGCAUUGGAAUCAUCCUUAAGAAAAAUGAUAUCUCAUCGGGGCCCAACUUCUUUGAAUUCUUGAACCCAUUUUCCAAGGAGACUUGGAUUGGGAUCCUCAUUGCAUAUGCAUCAACCUCCAUCUGCCUUUUCAUCGUAGCCAGGCUCAGCCCAUGCCAGUGGAAUGAACCUAAAAAUGAUGAAAACCAAUUCACUUUCAUGAACAGUCUGUGGUACGCCAUCGGGGCUCUGACUCUGCAAGGUGCUGGCCCACAACCGAAGGCAUUUUCUGUCCGAGUCAUUAGUGGCAUCUGGUGGCUCUUCUCAGUGGCACUUCUGGCUUCUUACAUUGCCAAUUUCAGCUCCAUAUUGGGCACCAACAGUGCCAAGUUGACUAUUGAAACCUUUGAUGACCUUGUGAAACAGGAUGUCAUUGAAUAUGGGACAAUGCAGUACUCCUCCACUCUUAACUUUCUAAAGACGUCUAAACACCCCACAUAUCAGAUGAUUUAUGACCACAUCGAAAGGAGGAAAACCACUGUACCCUCAAUGGAUGAGGGCAUUCGCAAGGCACGGGAGGGAAAAUACGCCUUCAUUGGAGAGUCAGUCUCCCUGGACUUGGCUGUGGCCCGCCAUUGUGACCUUGUGAGGGUACCAGAAGUCAUUGGAAUGAGAGGAUAUGGCAUAGCUGGCCCUAAAGACUCCCCAUUUGUGAAGAACCUAAGCAUUGCCAUUCUUGAGAUGAGUGAAUCUGGAGAUCUUGAUUACCUCCGUGAAAAGUGGUGGGCUAGUACUUGUGAGACAGAAGGUCAAGAUGGACGCUUAGCUCCUCUUAGGCCUCACCAACUGGGGGGCAUUUUUGUUUUGCUGACCAUUGGGCUGAUACUGGGAGUGAUUCUUGCAUUGAUGGAACUUGCCUUCAAGUCCAGACACAGUGCUGCAGAUAAAAAGAAGUCCUGCUGUUCUAUUUUUUUGGAAGAACUGAGCCAACGUUUCCAGAAGUCUGAUGGAAAGAAAAAGUGUGAGGCACAAGAUAAAAGCAAUGCUUAAAGACUGUAAGCCCCGUGUCUCCAGGCUCUGAACCUCUAGCAAAACUACUUCAUUCAGGACCUUUGAGAAGUGUACUGCUAGAGUAGGUCUGAACUAGAUUGUAACUAGAAUGUAGUCCAUGUGCUAGAUGCAGAUGAUGAAAACUCUGUAUUUGGUAUUUAGUUACACAUUAACCAGAUGUCUAGAGUAACAGCCUGUAGUAAUGAUAAAAUGUGUAUUUAGUGCAUUCAUUUCUUAUAAUAUGUCAGUCAAAAAAUUCACAAUUGUAUUGGAGGGAACAUACUUAUUCCAAUACAAGUUCAUAGAGAACCUGGGUCUAUAUUGGUAAAACUGAGUUCACUCACAUACAACCAACACACACACACACACACACACACACACACACUCACUUAGUCACUCGACCAAGUUAGAGUGGCUAGUCGAUGCAUCACACACAUAACGGGGAUAUUGAAGAAAAUCAGGGUUUCAGAAGAAGAAGUUACACGAACAUAAGGAAAAACUGAAAACCUCACACAGACAGUGGUUCAGUUUACUGAAGCAGUGAGACUACAUACCUAAAUGUUAUGCCACUGCACCAGUAAAGCUGAUGUCACAUUAGAAAACUUCUAGUUGUGGGGUAUGUCAUAUUUGCCAAUCAGGUCACUGAUCUUGUUGAUGGAUAAUGUCACUUUAAAUGACUGGAAUUCGCUGCCUAACCAGGCUGGUGGUGUACGAUUAGUUAACAGCUAUGGCAAGUUCAGCUGCAAUCUUGAUCCUUCUUUUUCUUCUUUUCAUUCUGUCUUGGCUUGAAAUAAAUGAGACCUCACACAAAAGGAGUUGUCUUCUGUUUGUGAGGUUCAAAACCCAUG